AUGUCUUCCUCGCCCGUCCCCCUCCUCAAGGCCCCCGUCCCAGGCAAUCGCAACGGUCCUCGACCCCCCAAGCUGACUUUGGGAAUCCCUCCUUCGGUCACCAGUCGCCCUGUUACCGGGAAUGGCAUUUCAACCACUGCAGAAGCGCCUCAGCUCCAGCUCCAACCCCUACCCCAACCCCAACCACAGCCUCAGCCUCAGCCCCAGCCCCAGCGUUCCUCGAAACGUCCCCCACCUCCCCAACUCCGUCUUGCAACCCCCAUGGGUAGUACACAAGAGGUCCCGACGUCGAAGGGCCGGCCAGCUCCCCUCCCCUUGGUGACAACUGGAUUGAAUGAGCCGAAUGGACACUCCAGGUCGGGUAGCUUUACCUACUUGGAUGGAAAGGCCAGCGGCCCCGCCUCCGCCUCUUCGUCCAAUUUCUCGACCCUUUCAUUCGCCAUGGGCCUCCGCCAGCCACAUGGGAGUACACCAGACCCGUCGUCAGCGAUCAGCUCGGUUUAUUCAGACCGUGAGGGAGGCGUGCAGAUGGAGCGAGAGAAUAGUGUCAACAGCCUAAUCCCGGACUUGGAUAAGCUGAGCCUGGAGAAGGGUAGACCCCUUGACGUGGAUGACUUGGACGAUGAGGGUUGGCUCGCUGCGAGUGAACAGAAGAAAAUUAUUGAGCUGGGUAGCUUGGGGGAGGGAGCUGGAGGAGCGGUCACGCGAUGCAAGCUCAAGGAGGGUAAGACCGUCUUUGCCUUGAAGAUCAUCACGACAGAUCCCAAUCCCGAUGUGAAAAAGCAGAUUGUUCGAGAGCUCAACUUUAAUAAGGACUGCGCCUCGGAGCAUAUCUGCCGCUACUAUGGUGCCUUUAUGGAUAAAUCAACCGGUACAAUAUCUAUUGCAAUGGAAUUUUGUGAGGGAGGAAGCUUGGAUAGCAUCUAUAAAGAAGUCAAGAAGUUAGGCGGACGAACGGGAGAGAAGGUGCUGGGUAAGGUCGCAGAAGGAGUGUUGAACGGCUUGACAUAUCUCCACAGCCGAAAGAUUAUCCAUCGAGAUAUUAAACCGUCCAACAUUCUUCUCUGCCGGAAUGGUCAGGUGAAGCUUUGCGAUUUUGGAGUUAGCGGAGAGUUUGGUACUAAAGGGGACGCCAAUACCUUCAUCGGAACUUCGUAUUACAUGGCCCCGGAACGAAUCACAGGACAAUCAUAUACGAUCACUUCCGACGUGUGGUCCCUUGGCGUGACCCUCCUGGAAGUUGCGCAACAUCGAUUCCCUUUCCCUGCUGAUGGAACCGAAAUGCAGCCUCGCGCUGGACUGAUCGACCUCUUGACGUAUAUCGUCCGACAACCAAUCCCUAAGCUCAAGGAUGAGCCGGAGAAUGGAAUUCGCUGGUCUAAUAGUUUCAAAUACUUUAUCGAAUGCUGUUUGGAGAAAGAACCUCCACGAAGAGCAACUCCCUGGCGGAUGCUGGAACAUCCGUGGAUGCUGGACAUGAAGAAUAAGAAAGUCAAUAUGGCGAACUUUGUGAAGCAGGUGUGGGAUUGGAGUGAUUAG